CUCUUCCUGUGUUCUGAGCUCUUUUUAUGCUCUUUAUAACCUGUUCAGAAGCUUGUAUGUUUGGGUUGCCUUCAAUAGCUGUUUAUCAUCUUCUUAUUAAACAAAUUCUGGGUUGCAGAAUUCUGAGAAUCGGAAAUGGAGGAGAAAUGUGCAAUCAAGAAAGAUGUUAGUGAGUUAAUAGGCAAUACACCUAUGGUUUAUCUGAACAAUAUUGUGGACGGUUGUGUAGCACGUAUUGCUGCCAAGCUAGAGCUGUUGGAACCUUGCUCCAGUGUUAAAGACAGGAUUGCCUACAGCAUGAUUUAAGAUGCAGAAGAUAAGGGCUUGAUUACACCAGGGAAGAAUGUCCUCAUCGAGCCUACCAGUGGUAAUACUGGCAUUGGAAUGGCUUUCAUUGGAGCAGCCAGGGGUUAUAAAGUUAUUGUUACAAUGCCAGCAUCUGUGAGUAUUGAGAGGAGAAUCGUUCUUCGAGCUUUAGGAGCUGAGGUAUACCUCACUAACCCAGUCAAGGGCAUUAAAGGGGUUAUUGACAAGGCUGAGGAGUUAGUAAAUAACACACCUAACAGUCACAUGCUUCGGCAAUUUGAAAACCCUGCCAAUCCUCAGAUUCAUUAUGAUGCCACUGGUCCAGAGAUAUGGAAAGACUCGGAAGGCAAAGUUGAUGCACUGGUUGCAGGUAUUGGGACUGGUGGUACAAUAACAGGUGCAGGGAAAUUCCUCAAAGAGAAAAACUCAGAGAUCAAGGUGUAUGGCGUAGAACCAGUUGAAAGUGCAGUCUUGAAUGGUGGAAAACCUGGCCCUCAUCUGAUCCAAGGAAUUGGUGCUGGUAUUGUCCCUGAAGUUUUAGAUGUUGGAAUCCUUGAUGAAGUUGUUCAGGUGUCUGGUGAAGAAGCUAUUGAGACUGCUAAGAAGCUAGCCUUGAAAGAAGGUUUGCUGGUAGGUAUAUCAUCUGGUGCUGCAGCAGCGGCUGCAAUCAAGGUGGCAAAGAGACCAGAAAAUACCGGCAAACUCAUAGUUGUUAUUUUCCCCAGCGCGGGCGAGCGUUACCUGUCUUCUGCAUUGUUUGAAUCCUUUAGGCAAGAGGCAGAAAACAUGACCUUUGACUGAUUCAUUAUCCAGUUCAGAAACUGCUGUUUCCUGACUCAGGAAGUCUUUGUAGUUUUGCAUUCCACUGCAUGUCAGACUACUGCCAUUGAAACAUUCUCUGAUUGUUUUAAUUACAAUCGGUGGAAUGAAUCAAUUUACUUAAAAUUCUUGAAUGCAUAAACUUCCAUGGUUGUAACAAGUAGGAAAACUUCUACCUGCUGAAAUUUGGUUAAGGAUUUUCUAGUAAACCAAACAUGUCUAGAAGAAUAUACAUCAGUUGUUUCACUUUUUA